AACGCUGUUAUGACCUUUUGUUUUGUUUCGCGGCGGUCUACUAGUCACUAUUGGAGCAUUAGACACGUGGUUUUGUGAGGUUAAGUACGAGCCAGUGGUAAUUGUUGCCAUCACUUUAACUACUCAAAAUGCAGCACGACGAUGUUGUAUGGAGUAUUAUCAAUAAAUCCUUCUGCUCUUACAAAGUCAACACUAAGACCCAGAGGUUCUGCCGAAAUGAAUAUAAUCUAACAGGUUUGUGUGGUAGAGCUGCGUGUCCAUUGGCGAAUAGUCAGUAUGGUACAAUUCGUGAAGAAAAGGGUAUUAUAUAUUUGUAUAUGAAAACGGCUGAGAGGGUGGCAUUUCCACGUAAUUCUUGGGAAAAAGUAAAAUUAUCAAGAAAUUUUGAAAAAGCAAUUCAUCAAAUUAACGAAAAUCUCUUAUAUUGGCCUACAUUUAUAAAAUCAAAAUGCAAGCAACGUUUCGUCAAAAUUACCCAAUAUUUGAUACGCAUGAGAAAAUUAAGAUUAAGGAGACAGAAAUUAUUAGUGCCUCUACAACGUAAAAUUGAAAGACGAGAAACCAGACGAGAAGAAAAGGCUUUAAUAGCUGCUCGAAUUGAGAAAGGUGUCGAAAAAUCUCUGUUGGAGAGACUCAAAAAGGGUGUGUACCAAGACUUGUACAACAUACCACAAAUUGCAUUUGACAAAGCUCUAAAUGAAGAAGAAAUUGAAUCAGAAGAAGAAUGCGAAACAGAAAAGGAACUGGAAUUGGAAAGAGAAAUGGAGGAUGGGCCAGAAUACGUUGCUGCCGAAUCGGAUGAUGAUCUCUCAGAUGAAGAUGAUGCAAUGAGCGUUGAUAGUGAAAGUGGUAAGAAAGAAGAGGUUGAUUUAGAUAGCAGUUUUGAAUCGGAUACAUCAGAUAUUGAGGACAUGUUCCUUCCAAGCACAUCAAAUGCACCAAACAAAAAGAAAAAAGGUAAACCUACUACUCCUAGUUCUAAGAAGUCGCCACGGAAAACAAGGGUAGAAAUUGAGUAUGAGCUUGAAGAAAACACACCUAUAAAAUCAAGAGUAUCUAGCUAUUAAUUCUUACGUGAAAUUCUUAUUUAAAAUAAAUUAAAUUUUAAUAUACAUAUCAAAUUCUUUAA